CUCUGCUCUCUAGGACCGCAGCCAACGAGUACAGCUCCACUUCAGCACCAAUUUAGCAAACGGGAAAUACUGAACCGGCGCAGAAGCUUUUGGAUAAUUGCCGGAUAAACCAGUGAUUGAGCAUCGUGUCUGCAGCGCUCAGGACCAGAGCUCACACAAGGUUGCCCACUGUAGUCUGCCCAGCCUGCCCAGAGCCCUACAUACAGACGCCCAGAGACCCGUCCCAGAGACCGGAGAUGACUGCUGCCAUACCCUGCUGGCUGUCCGCCCUCACACUCGCCCUCACCCUCCUGGUCCUCUCUGCCAGGGAAGGAGCUGCUCUCUUCCUGCCCGACUCCAAUGAGCUGCGGCAGCUACUGAGCCGGUACCAGGAUGACCAGAACAGCACCGAUAACACAGCGGGCAGUAGGACGCGACGGGCCAUCCAGUGGACGGACCGUGGGGAGCUCCUCCAACUGCACAACAAACUGAGGGGAGGAGUCUACCCCACCGCAUCCAACAUGGAGUACAUGGUGAGACACGCCUCCUUCCUGACAUGUGCAUACUGUAGCUUUAGCUAUCAUCACCCUCACAGAUACGCUAUCAAUACACUGUAAAGAGGGUCACUAUUCACACACUACUGUAGAGCAACA